UGUGAAUGGUUCAGCAGUCUUCUGGGACCUGUCAUGUCUGCUGUCUCUGGUCAUCUCCUGUACUGUGUCCGCAGUCUCUGGUCAUCUCCUGUACUGUGUCCGCAGUCUCUGGUCACCCCCUGUACUGUGUCCGCAGUCUCUGGUCACCCCCUGAACUGUGUCCGCAGUCUCUGGUCACCCCCUGUACUGUGUCCGCAGUCUCUGGUCACCCCCUGUACUGUGUCCGCAGUCUCUGGUCACCCCCUGUACUGUGUCCGCAGUCUCUCUGGUCACCCCCUGAACUGUGUCCGCAGUCUCUGGUCACCCCCUGUACUGUGUCCGCAGUCUCUGGUCACCCCCUGUACUGUGUCCGCAGUCUCUGGUCACCCCCUGUACUGUGUCCGCAGUCUCUGGUCAUCCCCUGUACUGUGUCCGCAGUCUCUGGUCAUCCCCUGUACUGUGUCCGCAGUCUCUGGUCAUCCCCUGUACUGUGUCCGCAGUCUCUGGUCAUCCCUGUACUGUGUCCGCAGUCUCUGGUCAUCUCC